AUGGAUCUAAAGAUCAAGGCGGAAAUGCUGGGCGUGCUGGUGUUGCGCCAGCCUAAACAUGCAGGGAAUGGGUACCCAACAUCGGAGAGGACACCACUUCAGGCAUUUAUAUUGAGCGGUUACCUCAGGUACCUUAGCCUGGUGGCCGGGCUCAAGUAUCGUCUGGCCCAAAUGUGCAUCACACUCCUUGUCACGCCAGUGCUCAGCUUCGUCAUUCCAAUCCUGCUCUCUUUAUCCUCUCUUUUCUUCCUCCCUGGCCAUCACACCAACAAGAGACCUACGGGAUCCGCAGAUAAAGCUCUGUCCUCUGUUCGGGAUCAAAUCGCCGACCACGUAUCCAACGCGCGACUCCGCAAUAGCGCGGCCGGUCAGUCCUGGGAUGAGUGUCCGGCCCUGCCAUCGUUUCAGAUCCCGAAACGGAGACGGAUCGUCGAACUGACGUGUUGCGACACUCCGAAACCGACAGAAGAUGAGCAGUUCGCGCGCCGGUACACCGUGCGGGAGAAAGAGACUAUUCAGGUGAAGCUAGAUGAAAACCAGUGCCCAUUCUUGGACGCUGAUAUCUCAUUGCCUUGGGAAGACCAGAUGGAGAUCCGGGGGUGCAUGAACAAGUUCUGGAACCAUAUCGAGAGCGUCCACAGCGAGGAGCUGAAGGCAUACUCCUCCGGACAAAAGUACUGCGGGAUCUGCAAAGUACAGAGUAUCACCUUCAUUCCGCCCUGA